AUGGCGCCUGAGGCAGGGGAGCCUGUCUCUUCCGCCUUAUGUGCCCCGGCAUCGCUGCCUUCAGAAGGUCAUGGAGACCCGUGUUCGGGCGAAGGCGAGUGGCUCCAACAGCGGCGAGGCCGCGCAGGGAGGAAAGGCGCGAAGAAUCAUCCGAAUGAGAGACCGCGAGCGGAAGGCGGUGCAGAUUCUUACCCCUCGCGACCCGACAAGGGCGGUUACCGGCACGUGCUCCCGCCGAGGGGAGCGCAGAGACAGAACGCCUUCGGACAGUCUGUUGUUCCUUCUAGGAGUGGAAGGGACUUAGCUGCGUCUAAACGGGGAGGCGCGCCCGCGAAUCACGCGCCAGCAAACGGGCGACAGGCCCUGCUGCGGUCUGAAGCCGGGGCUACGCAGAGAGGCGCUACAGGGCGUCAUAGAAGAGCCGAGGACGUCCAUCGUUCCGCAGGCGCCUCCGCUCUCUCGUCUCCUUUCACCGUCUCCUCGCCUGCCUCGGCGCACACUCCCAAGGCAAGGCGGCAGACGAGCAGCAGAUCGUUUCCCGGCACACGCGGCGGGCCCCCGGGGACGACGCCUCCGGACACCAACCACGACGAGGGUUUGGGUAAGGGCGGCGAAUCCGCGACGGAACGUCGUCCGCCUUCGUUUUCUGGAUGGGACAGAGGCGCCGAGACUGUGAGCUCGACUGAGGCGUCGCCGGGAGAAGCCGCGCGAAGGUCUGGCGCGCAGCUCUCCGCUUCGGGGGCUUUCUCGGCGGUCUCGUGCGCUGGACAGAAAAAGUUUUGCCAGCAGACUCCCAUUCAAGUGGAUAGCCCUUCGCAGGCGUCGAAUUUCGUACAUUGCUCCUCCGUGUGGGGGAAAGGCGAUCACAGGCCUGCCGGGAGCCCCGCUAGCGGCGCGGCUGGCGAGCUUUCGUGCAGCGCGUCCCGCGAGGGCGACUCGCGUACAGGUUCGAGGCGGCAGGGGCAGCCGGGCGGCGACUCCACGAACUCGUGGGCGCAGCGGCUCGCGAGUUCAAACGCGAAGCUGAAGCCCGCGCAUGCCGCAAGCGAGUUGGCUGGGCACGGCUGCGAUGGAAGGCCAGCGCGAAGUCUGGGCGGCGACGCGGAGGCGGGCGAGAGAGGGGCACCGGGUGGGAGAACGCAGACGCCCGCUGAUCGUGAGGAGACGUCCGCUCGACGGCGGGGGGCCGCCGCUCCCGCAGAGGGCGCGGGCAAUCGCCGAAGGGGAUCUGCGCCCCCUGGCGGUCCCGGCGCGCCCGGCUCCCCUGCGGCUUCGGCUGCGAGCUCCUCGGCCUGCUGCGCGGAGACGCACCACGAGGGAAGGCCGAGCGCCAGUGAGAAGUCUCGAGGCUCGCGGGUGGCGCUCGCUUGGGGAGACACUGACCCUCUGGUCGGGGGCGACAAGGUCGAAACGGAGAGCUCGAGUUCUUCGCGGCAGCCCGGUGAACGCCCUCUUCACGCAGUGCAUGCGGCGAGCGAAGAUGUCCUGCCACACGUUUCCUCCUCGUCGUCGAGGAGCGAGGCCGACCUGAGCAAGAGCCACGCAGGGGGGGAGGCUGGGCAAGCGAAACCGCGCGCAGAGCAAGGGAGCGAAGGAGAUGUGGGGAGUGGAGGGCGCGAGAAGGACAAGCGAGAGGAAAAGGAGGCAGGCGCGCCGACCAGGGAUGAAGGCGCAGAAAGCGAAAACGAGGAAGGCGUUGGCCGGUCGCCUGACGGGCACUGCUUGAUCAGUGCGGUCAUCGACAGAGUCGCAGCCCUGAAGGAACGGACAGCGCAGAGAUGGGACGAAGACAGCCAACCUUUUCCCGAGUUAUCGCUGGAGCUCGUUGCGACAGCAUUCCCGUCUUUCGUUCAGCGCGGUCUGCUGAACUUGCACAAUAACUGCUACAUGAACGCCGUCAUCCAGGCGCUCCUUCCCGUUCUCCUUCCUCUGUGGAAGCCGCUUCUCUCCUCUUUGUCUGCGGCAGGCGAGGUGGAGACGGCGCAAGAGGGGGUCGCGCCUCUUCCCUUCUGGCGCAGUCUCUCUCGCGCAGUGAGGGUUUUCCUGGACUCUCGGGGUUCAUCGGCGUACGCCGCGGGGGAUAUCGGCGGCAUCUUCCAAAACAUCAUCUGUGGUGGCGGAGGAGGCGGCCUCGUCUGGGGACAGCAAGCCGACGCCUCCGAGUUCCUCCUUCUCCUCUUCAACGGGCUCCACGACGAAUGUAAAUGGAUGCAAAGUCUCGGAAAAUCUGGCGAUCUUUCGAGAUCGUGUGGAGCCCAAGACGACGGAGAUGACGGCUUCGUUGAGGUCGGCAAGAACAACAAGGAAAUCAAAGCACGCGUCGUCGGCAGUGAGGAGGACUCACUCCUAUAUCGACUUUUUGGGGGCCGUCUACGAGAGUGUUCAGUGGACCCGCGGACAGGAUCGAAGCUCAGCGAACGGAAGGAGUUCUUUCUUUUUCUCUCUUGCACCGUCCUGCCGCAUCUCCGCACGCUGGAGGCCGUCCUCGAUGCGCAUUUUGCUGACCAAGAAGUCGAGCCGGCAGAUGGCACAGGAGCCAGCGGGAGUGACGGGGGAGCUGGCAGAGGCCGGCGUAAGGGAAAAGACGGAGAACAGGGCGGACUGAAGAAGGGCACACGGCCGAAGCAUCGGCUUCAGACGCAGAUUGAGGUGCCGCCUCCUGUUCUCGUUAUCAUUCUUCAAAGAUUUUGUUUCGACCGGAAGAGACAGCGGGCUUCGAAGGUCUCUCAUCCUGUUGGCUUUGCGGAAACGCUCGUUUUGCGGCCCUCUUGGUGUGUGUGUUCCCCGGAGAACCUCAGGAAGACAGCCAGUGGGCAGCUCCCUACGGCGAAAGAAGCCGCGCUCUGUUUUUCUGCAGGCGGAGGCGCAGACUGCGCUCGCGGGGCACAAGACGAAGGGAAGGGCGUAGCAGCCGAUGCCUCGGAGCCGGAAGCUUCGGAACGUGAGGAAGGUCACCAAAGCCUCUUAUCUCUGGAGCAAAGGACGUAUGACCUCGUAGGGGUCGUAUCACACAAAGGGUUACUGAUGAACGCAGGUCACUACACGGCAGCAAGUCGUCUGCCGUCAUCGCUCUGUACACCACUCUUGGAGAGGAGGGGCAGUGCACCUUGCCGCAGUGCCGGAAAAGCAAAUGUCCCGUCUGUCUGGAAAGGAGACAAUGCAUGGACCGCAGCGAAAGUGGGAGAUUGGCCAAGUAACGAAACAAAAAAGGAAGAAGCACACCUUGAGAGGACUCGUGGAGCAAACAACCUCGAGGCUGAGAAAGAGCGGAAGAUACAAGAAGGGACAUCAUGGGUUUUGUCCGAUGAUACGUCGUGUCAGCUACGUUCUUUUGGGGCAGUGCAGGAUAUGGAAGGGCACUAUGUUCUUAUAUUUGUAAACCGCAGCUGGAAAGUGAGUGCAGACCCCGCAUGUUCAUUUGAACGAGCUAGGAGGUUUGAGCCACCGAGUGAAAGAUGUAAAGAACGCGUGUAA